AGAGUUAUCUAGCGGCGGAGCGUCGAAGCUAGGGUCUGAGCAGUGUCGGGUUCAAAGACAAACAAAGCUGUGGCCGCGUCUAUUUUCCUGCUGGCUUUCAGUGAAUGUAAAAUGUUGCUUCGGAGCUUUAUUGAUUCCCUAAGUAAACAGAUUUCAUGGAAGAGGCCUUACUUUGUGAGUAAUGCUCAAACAACAGGAUACUCAACUGACCGUUCUUUACCACCUAAACCUAAACGCUGUAAAAAUCCAUGGGUAUUCUAUUUUAUGGAAAAUAUUUCCAAAGCGAAAGCAGAUAACCCAGGGACCUCUUCUCCAAAAUUAUUCCAGCUGCUCUCUGCUAAAUGGCAAAGUCUUGGUGAAGAAGCUCAAAAGAAAUAUUUGAAGCUUGCUGAGGCUGAUAAAAAUAGGUAUAUGGAAGAGAUUCAAGUCUACAGAGCUAACCUUACUCCUGAAAAAGCGUCAGCGAUAGCCGAAGAGAAAGCAAGAGCUAAGUUGCAGAAAGAACAGAUUACUGAAAAAAAGAAACUUAAAGCCUUAGGAUUACCAAAGAAGCCCCCAAAUGCUUACAUACUUUUCUCCUCAGACUUUAUGAAAAGGAAGUUUUCACAAGUUGAGGAAGGGGGCAAAUUCGCUGUGAAGAAUCAGGCAUCCGCAGUGGGUGAGGCUUGGUCAAAACUUUCUGCAAAUGAGAAAGCAAAAUGGGAAGAACUUGCUGCUGUUAAGGCAAAAGAAGCCAAGAAGAAGGUUGAAGAGUGGGAAUCAGAUAUGGCGGCCAAAGGAUUUUUGGAAAUUGUUGAUAACAAAAAAACCUAGCAGUGUUGUGUUUUUUCUCAGGGUCAGUGCUGAUGUUUAAAUAUUUGAUCAGAAAAUCUGAUCAUCUUUCAGUCUCAUGUGAAGUGUUCAGUGUUCAGCUGAAUAAAAGUGCAGGGAUUACUUUUCUUUAGUUCCUUUUAGUCAA